GGUCUGGACUAAGCUUAACGAAAUAAGGUGUCUGUUUACUAAUUCGUUUUUACUAAUAAAAAAUCGUUUUAUUUACAAUAUUAGGUGAAUUGUUCGGUUGGCUGAUAAAUUCUACUAAAAAUAAACCAUUUAGCAAUUUAGUUCCUCAGUUCAGUACUACAGGUGCAUUUUAAGAUGCCUGUGCAAAUUAAUUGGCCUGCUGUUGUGGGAACGGCCAUUCCUAAUUUAGGAGGAAUCGCAGGGGGAAUUAUCACAAGACGCAACAUAAAAUCAUGGUACGAGGUCCAGUUAAAGAGACCGUCAUGGAGACCUCCGAAUUGGGCUUUUGGCCCUGUAUGGACCUCACUUUAUUGUAGCAUGGGUUUCGCUUCUUACCUCGUUUGGAGAGAUGGAGGCGGAUUUGAAGGUGCUGCCAAACUUCCACUUAUGGUUUAUGGUAGUAACGUUUUGCUAAACUGGGCAUGGACCCCUAUUUUUUUUGGGGCAAAACGAAUUGAUUUGGCUUUGUAUGAGAUGCAACUAAUAAAUGUCACAGCUGUGGCGACAGCUUAUCUGUUCCAUGAAAUCAAUCCUGUUGCAGGAUAUUUAAUUAUUCCAUACUGUUUGUGGUUGAGUGUGGCUACAGCUUUGAAUUAUACCAUUUGGAAGGAUAAUAAAGACGACCCGAAACUUAAGGGUCAAUAAAUUUGUUAUUUUAUUAAAAAAAAAA